AUGGCCGGUGCCAAACACGACUCAAAUGCAACCGAUCAGGCAAAGAAAAGUCCAAAAACAGGAACGAAGAAAGCUUUACUGGUGGAAGCCGGGGAGCAAAACUUCAAAAAUGAAGGAGAAGACAACAUGGAAAUGACCAAAAAGAUACAACUCAAUAAAAAGAAGCAGAAACGUCUAGAACCUUUGUCUUGUAGGACCCAAAAAAUCAUGCUUGAAGAAAAAGAAAAGGAGCAUUUAAAGAAAGAUGUACAAAAUAGUCACUUGGAUCGAGCAACUGGCAGUAGACAACCAAGUGAUAAAGAAGAGAACAGACCUGAUUGUCCCAUAAAGGGUCAGAGCACUGUGACCACUUUGUGGAGCCCAGAGGUGGCUACUUCUUUGGUGCCAACAGACCCACUUCACGUAGCAGUCACAACCUCAGCUCUUCAAGCCUUGCCAGGAGGCUCCACAUUCUUGAAGGCCUCAGAGGACAACUUGACUUGGCCAAACCACAAGGGAGAUGUUAGAGGUAUCAUAGAGAAAACGGGAAGCCCUGGUGUUAAGUCACCGAUAUAUGAAGAAGUUUCUAAGAAAGCGUUACUGGUGGAAGCCAAAGAGCAAUACUUGAAGAAUGAAGGAGAUGACAACAUAGAAUUGAAUAAGAAGACACAGCUCAAUAGAAAGAAACAGAAACGUCUAGAAUCUUCAUCUUGUAGGACCCAGCAGUUCAUGCGUGAGGAAAAUGAAAUGGAACACGUAAAGAAAGACAUACAAAACAAUAAUGUAGAUCACACUCAUGGCAAAUGAUCAUUUAAUUGAUAAAGAAGAGAACAGAUCUGAUUAUUAUCCCAAAAAGGGUCCCACCACUCUGACCAUUUUGCGGAGCCCAGAGGUGUCUACUUCAUUGGUGCCAACAGACCCACUUCAUGUAGCAGUCACAUCCUCAACUCUUCAAGCCUUGCCAGGAGGCUCUGAAUUCUUCAGGGCCUCAGAGGACAACUUGACUUGGCCAAACCACAGAGGCGAAUUUAGAGGUCCCAUAGAGAAAAGAGAGAGCACUGCCAUCAAGUCACCUUCAUACGAAGAAGUUUCCAAAGUCAAGGAGGACAGAAUGCAAGGAGAAGAUCAUUGUAGCUUUGGAAAUGGUUUUAGAGGUGCCCUACAGAAAACGGUAAGCGCUGGUGUCAAGUCACCUUUUUAUGAAGAAGUUUCCAAGAAAGCUUUAUCGGUGGAAGCCAAAGAGCAAAACUUAAAGAAAAAUUUGCAGAACCCGGAGGUGGCUACUUCAUUGGUGCAAAAGGACCCGCUUUAUGUAGCAGUCACACAGUCUCAAACAUCAGCUCUUCAAGGCUUGCCAGGAGGCUCUGAAUUCUUGAAGGCCUCAGAGGACAACUUGACUUGGCCAAAACACAAGGGAGAGUUUAGAGUUGCCAUAGAGAAAAUAGGAAGUGCUGGUGUAAAGUCACCCAUAUAUGAAGAAUUUAACAAGAAAGCUUUAUUGGUGGAAGCCAAAGAACAAAACUUAAAAAAUGAAGGAGAUGACGCCAUCUUGACUUGGCCAAACCACAAGGGAGAUUUUAGAGGUGUCAUAGAGAAAACGAGAAGCUUUGGCAUCGAGUCACCUUUAUAUGAAGGAGUUUCCAAAGUCAUGGAAGACAGAGUGCAACGAGAAGACCACUGUAGCUAUGGAAAUGGCUUUGAAGGUUCUUCCAAUGGGAAACAUUUCCAAAAACCUGAAUACUGGCAUUUGGAGUUGCCUCCUGAGCCAAGCUCUUCAUCUCUGCUGCCCCCCAUGGUUUCCUCCUCUCACAGACCUCACAACGAGCUCCCAAGGCACAAUGACCAUGUACAGUUACCAGAUAUGUCUCAACAACUGCAGAAUCAUGAAUCUGACACAUUGAAAAGCACAGAGAAGUCUUUAGAGAGCCAACUACACCUGACCCUUGCAAACAAGACCAGGACUUCCCUGCCGGUCAGAGAGGUGCUAUCGAGAAAUUGCUCUUUGGGACUGCAGUGGAUUCCAGAACUGCACUCCAAUUAUAUCCAACUGAAGAUUGUUCCCGAGAAAAUAAAUCUAAAGAGUUCAAAUGGGAGAAUGGGCAAGUCCGUAGCUCCGGGACCUUUGGACCCAGAGUACAGCAUUCCCGCACAGCGUCUGCCCGCCCCGGAGGUCCCGCUGACGUCGCGGCGACUGAUGGACGUUCGGAUCGGCGAGCUGCCUUCCUGGCUGGCGCUCCAAAGACUCUCCAUGAAGGCUGUUCCUGAACUGGGGCUGAGAGCGUGGACUCGAUACUACAACAAAUACAUCAAUGUGAGGAAAGGAGGAAUAGGAGGUCUGGCGAUGCUCCUCGCCGGAUAUUGCGUCCUGAGCUACUCCUGGAACUACCAACGGAUACGUAAGAACGCCCUUUACUAA